UCGCACACCGAUGUUUUACAGCCCGAUGAGAAUCUGUUGGAUUCUUGUGCCCACUUCCGCACUAAGGAAAGCAGUACCGAGCCAGCCUUGUUACCCAGCAGGGUGGAAGUUGAGCCCUGGAACAUUCGAGUGCCUGCUUUCAUUGCACCGUGUUUGUGGAAACGACGAGGAGAUCCGUGUUCGGCGAGUACUUCAUUACCAACCACAAGCUGACAGAUAUAGGCCAGUAAGGAAGUAACAAUCCACAGCAGAGAUUUUCACUGUACAUGCAAUGCAGAGUAUGAAACAUCGGCACAAUAGGAAGAUUGGGAGCCUGGAGACCAACAGCAUUCACAGAGACCAACAGCAUUCACAGAGACCAAGAGAAAUGAUGGAAAGGCAUAUAAGUUCAACAGACACAAAUGUCAAGUCAUGGACUAGCUCAAAUCUACCUCACUGAGGUCCAGCUGCUUGGUGAGGCCCAUAGCUCCUACAAAGUUGCCUGGACGAUACCUUGCCCACCAAAAAUCUUUGCCUCGUCUGCCCGUUCCUCCUCUCCAACAAACUGUUGAACGCUACUUGCUGAUGUUGGAGCCCAUUGUCAGUCAAGAGGAGUUAGAAAAUACUAAACAAAUAGUGAAGGAAUUUGCUCAAAAGGGCGGAGUAGGAGAGAGGCUUCAAGCAAGCUUGGAAAGAAGAGCAAGGAAGACGGAAAAUUGGCUUUCUGAGUGGUGGCUGAGGACAGCUUACCUAGAAUACAGGCUUCCUGUGGUAAUUCAUUCCAGUCCCGGCGUGGUAUUGCCAAAACAGGAUUACCACGAUCGUCAAGGACAGCUCAGAUUUGCUGCCAAAUUGAUUGCUGGUGUGCUGGAUUUUAAAUCCAUGAUUGACAAUGAAACCCUUCCUGUGGAGAGUCUGGGAGGGAGCCCACUCUGCAUGAACCAGUAUUACCAGAUUCUCUCAUCCUGCAGGAUCCCAGGUUCUAAAAGUGAUUCUUUUGUCAACUAUUCCCAUACUAAAAAACCAACCCAUGUAACAAUUGUGCACAACUUCCAGUUCUUUGAGCUCUUUGUAUACAACAGCGAUGGUAGCCCCCUAACUGUGGACCAGCUUUACAUGCAAUUGGAGAAGAUCUGGCAUUCCUCACUCCAGACAAACAAAGAGCCAAUUGGGAUCCUUACAACCGACCAUCGAAACAGCUGGGCAAAUGCAUACAACACACUAAUCAAAGAUAAGGUUAACAAGGAGUCUGUGAAGUGUAUCCAGAGGAGCAUCUUCACCAUCUGUCUGGAUGCUCCGGUGCCAAAGGUGUCUGAUGAUCUCUACAUGAGUCACAUCGCGGCACAGAUGUUGCAUGGUGGAGGUAGUCGGUGGAAUAGUGGCAACAGAUGGUUUGACAAAACCCUGCAGUUCAUUAUUGGAGAGGAUGGAUCUUGUGGUUUGGUCUACGAGCAUUCAGCAUCAGAAGGACCUCCCAUUGUUGCUUUAUUGGACCAUGUCUUUGAGUAUUGCAACACCUCCGAGAUGGUUCGUUCUCCUAUGAUUCCACUGGCCAUGCCUCGGAAGCUCCGUUUCAAUAUCACGCCUGAUGUAAAGAGGGACAUUGAGAAAGCAAAGCAGAACGUCAACAUGAUGGUGCGUGAUGUGGAUAUAAAAUGCUUCGUGUUCCCGCAUUUUGGGAAAGAUUUUGUGAAGUCCCAGAAGCUGAGUCCAGAUGCGUUCAUCCAGGUUACUUUACAGCUGGCUUAUUACAGGAUAUACGGCGAGCAGUGUGCAACCUAUGAAAGCGCCUCCUUGCGGAAAUUUCACCUCGGGCGCACUGACACAAUUCGCUCGGCCUCGGUUGAAUCCUCAGUCUUUGUGCGUGCCAUGGAUGACCCGCAGGAGCAGGACCAGAAAAAAGUGGCCUUGAUGAGAAAAGCUAUCCAAGCACACCGAGCUUACACAGACCUGGCAAUAAGAGGCCAAGCAAUCGAUAGACAUUUAUUGGGCCUUAAACUUCAAGCCAUAGAGGAACUGGUUCGAAUCCCAGAGAUCUUCAUGGAUACAUCCUAUGCUGCUGCCUUUCAUUUCAAUUUAUCAACCAGCCAGGUUCCUGCCAAGACAGAUUGCCUGCUCUGCUUUGGGCCUGUCGUGCCGGAUGGUUAUGGUGUAUGCUACAAUCCCAUGGACAACCAUAUCAACUUCUCAGUGUCUGCUUUCAACAGCUGCGCAGAGACCAAUGCAGCUAAGCUUGCCCACUACUUGGAACAGGCACUAGUUGAUGUGAGAGAUCUGCUCGUGCAGACACACAGCUCAAAACUCUGAAGCUGCCAGGUAACUGAGUUGGACGAUUACCCUCACGCAAAUAAUCACUAACCGGUGUCCAGAUAUGAGAUUGCUAUUUGAUCAUGCUGUGAGGGUAGGGGUUUGCCAAAUGUCAUGAGGUACCCUUCCUGAGGCACUUACUACCCAGAGAAUUUUUUUUACUUAAUUGCCUUUAAAAGAUUUUAAGAAAAAAAUUACUGUGACUGUUGUUAAGAUUGUUGGAUGGAAGGUGCUCGUUUUCUUUUCAGAGCAGCUUCCUUCCAAAAUGGCCACUAUAGGGUGCAUUUCCUCAGGUGCUCUUCACCCAUUGGCCCGUUCUUAUGUCGUUCCCAGUGGGAGUAUGGCAACUACUCAAUGUGCUCUUUUUGUCCUUUGACACGUACUUUUCUCCAAUUUGCUAGAUGGUGAUAAGUAGUGGGAGUUCAAGUAGCCCUUUCUUCCCUCAGGCCCUUCCCCAUCUCAUUUUGGCUAUUUGUCUCACAAUCUAGAAUCGGUCAUCAUCUUCCUACAUUUGAUAUCCAUUCACUAGAAAGAAGCCUGAAUUUUCUGGUCUGAUCCAACUACCUGUAUCUCAAGUCAUAAGAACCAGAUGAAGUUACUCAACAUAACUAGAUUGUUGGAAGACAAAUUCAAAGUAACCCAGGACUUGUUACUUGUGGUUGAUGUUGCAAAUCACCAGGGUCAUCAGUUAUCCAGGUUCUAGCUAUCUAGGGUAUAUAUUUCAAGCUUUUAAUCUAGUGUAUGUAAAAUUCUCUUAUCUGCUGCUUAAAUAUUGCCAGUGAGUUGUUGCAGCAAUCAUGAUACUUUAGAAAAAAGUAUCUGAUAAGAAUGCAAGAGGGCCAGUUUGGUGCUGAGGGAAUGGUGUUUUACUACAGCAUUAGUUUGCCACCUAUCCUUGCUGUACAGUUGAUGUUUAAACUCUAGAUAGCUGGGUUAGGGAAUGAGAGAGAUGUGGAAAUCACAAAUACUGUCUGGCCAUAAUAAAUUCUUGCAUCCUAUUUUGUUUGCAACAAGAGCUGUGAACGGGGGCAAAAUGUGCAUUUAUUGUAAAGGAUAAGUUUGAUUGCUUUUGCAUCCUGCAAGACAAUCAGUGUAUGUAAUUUCUGCUGGCUAGAUGUAGGCAUGGAAGUAGAUCCAAUGGUAACUUUCAAAAGGAAUUGGAUAUUCUUGAAAAAGAAUAUGUGCAAGGGUAUGAGGGAGCGGGAAAGAAUCAGUAGUUGAAUGAUUUUUAUCUAGGGCAAAGGGGUCCAUGGCACAUCAUUAUCUCUUAAAGUUACAAAGCUAAUGGUUGAAAUUAAGCAACCACUUUAUUUUUUUAAAACUCAAUAAAUUAGGAAAAGAGUGGAAGACAAAUGAGCUAGAAGUCCUUUAGCCCUUAAUAUGCAUGCCAAAGUACGACUGCCUAGAGCACCCUCCCGUUUGUCCUGGUCCUGUUGGAAUUUUUUUACUGAGCUCCUAAUACAUUUGCAGAUUUAAUGCUUGCAAUGUCUUUAAUUCAAUUACUUGAUAUAAAGCCAUUUUAA